AUCACCUUAAUGCUCCAUUUACAUUAUUAAACACUCGAAUUGUGCUCCAAUUCUUUCCGUAGUUUUAAAAUGUCCACACAAGAUAUUUACGAUGCUGUCUACCCUCUUUUACUCACAACUGCAUCAUUUGGUCUGUCUGCAAUUUUCGUGGAAACGAAAAAUAACACUCGGAAACUGGCAGUUUUCAACUUACUCAAAAUCCUGAACAUAAUUUACCUUUCGCUAUUUUCAGCACUGUUGUAUGUUGCUUUUACCAGUUUAAAAAACACACACCUUCACGUAAAUUACAACUCUGGUGUCACUAAAAUCGGGAUAAUUUUCCAAAUUCUUGCAAAUAUUAUGGCUACUUAUGUGAUCUACUUUAUUAACAUAUCAAAGAGCCACAACAUAUUAACCUGUAUCGAGAACAUCAAAAAAGCUGAUUUGAUGUUCAGGGACUUGGGAGAGAAAAUUAUUUAUCGCAAACACUUUUUGUACGAAGUUUGCAUGAUUUUGUUUGGAGUUCUGGCGAUUUUGGGACGAAGCAUUGUUACGCACAUCUACAUGGGGAGAAACAUUUUUCUGACAGAGAACGAAACUCAUUUUGCACUCUUUUUCCCUCUAUUCGUGUCUUAUUUGGUGCAAAUUAACUUUGUGCUAUUAAUCACGCUGGUACACGAACGUUUCGCGUUGAUUAAUAGACUACUGGAUAAUUUUAAUGAAGAAAAAGUGAAACAUAAUUACCUCAGUUUGAAACCACCGUAUGAAUAUCAAACGAAAUAUAAUCAAGCAAAAAUUGAAUUGUUAAUGGAACUUCACGAUUUCUUAACCGAUGUGGGCAAUAAAUUAAACGACAGUUUUUCAAUCCAAAUUCUGAGCUGCCUGACCUCACAAUUUCUAACUGAAGUUUUUACGAUUUUCUACUUGUAUUAUGAAAGUUUGAUUUUGAAAAACAAAAUUGCAGCUCUUGUCUGGUUAAUGUGGUCAAUAUGGACAACUCUUGAGAUAUUUUACGUAACAGUAAACUGUCAUUUAACUACCAAAGAAGCAAAAAAUACAGGAAUAGCCAUUCACAAAGUUCUUAUGAAUGAGUCUGAUCCUGACGCAAAAAGAAAAUUAAUGGUAUUUUCGCAACAAGUGAAUCACAGAUCCUUACAGUUUACAGCCUGUGGUUUAUUUUACAUCGACGCAACUCUAAUUUUUACAAUAGUUGGGGCUGCAGCCACUUACCUGCUGAUAAUGCUACAGUUUCAGGAAGGAAUUGAAGCACAAUGUUCAAAUAAUACUCUCCUAAAUUAACUAGUUACCUUCAGUUUAGGCACAGCCCCCUGGCGUUUC